AUGGCUAACAUCAACAUUCGUCGGGAUAUUUCCGACCCCUUCUACCGCUACAAGAUGGAGCGUCUCCAAGCCAAGAUCGAGGGCAAGGGCAACGGUAUCAAAACUGUCGUUGUCAACCUGAACAGCGUUGCCCAAUCACUCAGCCGCCCACCAUCAUAUUUGAUCAAGUACUUUGGCUUCGAACUUGGAGCCCAGGCAAACUCUAAGCCAACUGAUGAUCGUUGGAUCAUCAACGGUGCCCAUGAUGCCCCAAAGCUUCAGGACUACCUGGACGGUUUCAUCACCAAGUUCGUUCUCUGCAAGAAAUGCAAGAACCCAGAGACCGACGUCGUCAUCAAGGAUCAGUCUAUCAUCCUUGACUGCAAGGCUUGUGGUGAACGCUCGGAUGUUGAUCCCCGUCUCAAGCUUAGCUCCUUCAUCUUGAAGAAUCAACCAAAGAAGGGAAAGAAGGAUAAGUCAACCAAGAAGUCUCGCAGAGAGAGGAACAAGGAGAAAGGAGAUAAGGCCGAGAAUGGAGAGAACGGAGAAGCAAACGGUAGCCCAGGAGACAGCAAUGGCUCUGAUAUGGGAGAUGAGAAUGGUGACAUGGGUGUUGACGCUCACAGCGAUGACGAACUUACUCGUCGAAUCAAGGCGGAAGCCGAGCAAAUCGAGCACAACGACGACAUCGAGGACGAAGAGUGGGCCGUGGAUGUUUCAGAAGCCGCCGUCAGGGCCCGUGCUCAAGAACUCCCCGAUGAUCUGAAGCGCACUCUCGUCUUCAACGAUGGCGACGGUGACGAAGAUGGUGAAAACGCAGUGGCUAGCUCGUAUGAUCAGUUUGGAAGCUGGAUCAUCGAGGAGGCUGAGAAGUCCGACAAGGGUGCCGCUGGUAUCAGCGAUGUUGACAUCUACAAGAAGGCCAAGGAGUUUGGGAUCGAGUCCAAGCACAAGACCCUCUCUGUCUUGGCCCAGACCCUUUUCGAUGACAACAUUGUCAAGCAGAUCCCAGUUCGUGCUGGCCUCUUGAAGAAGAUGAUUACUUCCGAACGCCACGAAAAGGCCUUCCUUGGAGGCACUGAACGCUUCGUCGGCAAGGACCGUCCAAACCUUCUUCCAGUGGUGUCUUCUAUCCUUCUUGCCUACUACCAGCACGACUUGGUUUCCGAGGAGCUGCUCAAGAGCUGGGGAAGCAAGGCCAGCAAGAAGUAUGUUGACAUCGCUACCAGCAGGAAGGUUCGCAAAUCUGCCGAGAAGUUCCUCGAGUGGCUCGAGACUGCCGAGAGUGAAGAUGAGAGCGAGGAGGAUGAUGAGUAA